AUGCAGGGUGACCUCAUCAAAGUGAGGCAAUCCUAUGCGGAGGUGUUGGCAACGCAGAGGAGACUGCAGACCCAGAAGGAGCAAGCUGACAAGCUGGCUGAAGAUUGGUACAAGCGUGCUGAGAUGGCAGUUGAGAAAGGCGAUGACGAGCUUGCCAAGGAAGCUUUAACUCGGAGGCAGAACUCGGUCACCAAAGCUACAGAUCUACAGGCGCAGAUCGACGCGAUGGCAGGGAAUGUGGACAAGCUAUUCGAGUCCGUUAAAGCCCUGGAGGCGAAAAUCACGCAGGCAAAGGAGGAGAAGGAGCAGCUGAUCGCACGUGCACGUACAGCCAAGACGACUGCCCAGGUCAACGAGAUGCUCUCUGAUGUGACCAGUGUCGGUUCUACUGGUGCUUUCGACCGCAUGAAGGAAAAGGUCGAGAUGCUGGAAACCCGCGCUGAGGUCUCGCAGGGGCUGCUUCCGGAGGCGCAAGCAACCGGCAGCUUGGAGGACCGCUUCAAGCAGUUGGAGGCAGGAAGCGCAGUGGAUGAUGAGCUGGCCAGAAUGAAGGGCAAGAAGGCCAUAACUGAAAACAGCGCCAUCGAUGACGAGCUGGCAGCAAUGCGAAAGAAGUUGCAGGACAACGACAUCAUCGUAUCAUCAUCACAUGUAGUUUUAGUUCGAGCUGUCCCAUCAGCCCUUGUCCGUUUUUGCUGUGCGGCUGUUGCUGCAAGGACAAAUAAAUCCUGA